UUUAAAAGCACACAUAUAGCAAUUGUCGGCGGUGACGGAAAAGAGGGUUUGUUCAGUCAGAAAUUCAGAAUAUGUCGUCGGGUGUGGCCAACAACGAAGAAGACAAGAAGCCCACUGAUCAGGGCGGCGCACAUAUCAACCUUAAAGUUAAGGGUCAGGAUGGGAAUGAAGUGUUCUUCAGGAUCAAGAGAAGCACUCAACUUAAAAAGCUUAUGAAUGCUUAUUGUGAUCGUCAAUCUGUGGACUUCAACUCCAUUGCUUUUCUCUUCGAUGGGCGUCGGCUCCGUGCAGAGCAGACUCCAGACGAGCUUGAAAUGGAAGAUGGGGAUGAAAUUGAUGCCAUGCUUCAUCAGACAGGAGGUUCUGUUGUCUGAAAGAAACAACGAUAUGUUUCUGCUAUAUUAUGAUUAGAAUUAGUUUUUAACUUAGAGCUAGGCUAUGCAUAUAAUGCAUCUUUUAUUAUCUACUAUCAUAUGAUACGGCUUUUGUGGCUGAACGUUGUAAGUGCUGCAAUGCUUCCUCUGUUAAUAUGAUUAUGAGUGGAUUAUAAUGUUUCUACCUGUGAAAGCUUUACAUACUCAUUUCUCUUGAGCUUGUUCAAUAAAUUCAUGUGUGUUUAUAUA